GGGAAUCGGUGAAGUUUGAAACGAAGCCGAAAUAGAUAAACACCUAUUUUAUAACUCGUUUCAGCUGCUCGUGGUACAAGUGGAUCCAGAAGUGUCCGCAUGGCAGCGACUCCAGGUGUACCGACAUGGGAGAGAAAAGUGCGCAUUCUUCUGUGCCUUUUCGGGUUAGUUUUGUCCGUUUAUGCUCUUCACGUCGAGCUGUCCCGAGAGAAAGACCCAGAUUACAGAGCGAUGUGCGACCUGGGGGAGUCUGUGAGCUGCUCCAAGGUUUUUAUCUCCAGAUGGGGACGUGGUUUUGGUCUGGUCCAGUAUUUUGUGGCCCAAGAUAGCCCUCUGAACCAGCCCAACAGCUUGCUUGGCAUCAUAUUCUACACUCUGCAGAUGGGCCUUGGGCUAUUUCUGUCCAAAAAAGCAGCACUGGCCUUGGUCCUCUCCUCCUGGAUCUCCGUGGCUGGUUCAAUUUAUCUUGCAUCUAUUCUGGCCUUUGUCCUGGGGGAUUUCUGCAUGGUUUGUGUGUCAACAUAUAUUGUCAACUUUGCACUGCUCUACACCAACCUCAAACGAAGGAAAGCAGUUGAAGGCAUGAAGGAGAAGGCGGGAUAGAAAAUGCCACUUGUGAAAUUCAGCACAUUCUUUCCUCAGGCCAACCAGGGGUCACACUGGAUAAGAAAACUAAAGUCUGUCCCAAAGUUCAAUUAAUCAUUGUCAAAAAAAAAACAAAAAAAGGACUGGACAUUCAUCAGUGAAGAUCUGUCGGAUUUUUUCGGAACAUAAAAACCUUUAUUUUUGCAAAACAAGGUACAUUUGUAAUGCUGAUUACACUGUUUUGAACACUACCUCCUGUCUGAUGUGAUUUAAUUCUGGUCUCUUGUACAAAAAGGUUCAAGUUGGAAACAUCAUAAUUAGCAACGCUGUCAUUAAAAUACUCAGUGCCAUCAGCAGAUGGAGCUAAAUGCACACCGGGAAUUCAGUCCAGGCCAAACAAAAUUUACUUUCAAAGCUGUUACAGUUUCAUUACUUCCAAUGCCAAAUUAAAAUGCUGCCUAAUCUUAAUAUGAAACAAACAGAAACAAAAAAAGGAGAUCCCAUAGUAGCAAAUAUUCUUUAAAAACCCCAUUACAGUAGAAUAUGCAAUAGAUACACAAAUGGCGGAAUGAAGAAGACAAACGUUCUCUUCUUUUUUUUUUUUAUUAAUGAAUCAAUAAAGGGAAAGUUUGCCUUCAUUUAUAAAAUAAAAAAAUUCUGGGGGCAUGAUGUUAGCUUUGUGAAGGCACUCUACUUCACAUCUAUACUUUCCACAUUUUGUCCAGAAGUGAAUAAUGAUAUAAUUUAUCCUGAGACUGGAUGCAGGUUAGCAGUAUUUACAUAAAUGAAGGAUUGAAAAUAAAUCAUCCUGUGAAACCUCAGUUUAUUUACAUAACUUUAACUUUAUAGUUAGGCCUUUUAUGUACCCUCUACUUUUAGAUGAACUCAGGGGGAACUAUUUAUCUUUUUUUUUCCAGUGCUGUGAAUUCAUCUCUCGUCCAGUUUAUGAAGUUAACCGUUUGCAUUUGGUGAACUUGCUUCUUGUCUUUAAGGAAAUAGUUUUCCUGGGAUAGUGUUAGCAGACUUAGUAUCUGUGUCUAUGUUGGUCAUACGUGAUGAAUUAUAAACACAUUCAUGAGACUGACUAUAUGGUGUAUUCUUAAGACUCAAUAAAACACUUUUCCGAGUAAA